AUGAUCCCCGCUAGUGCGGAUUUAAGCCUUCUUCAAUACUGUUACCACUCUUCAAAUUUGACUAGCGUUUUUCAUCAACCUAUCGUUAAGAAGAAAGGGCCUUCAAAAAUCUGGGUUCGGAUUCCCUUAGCUUCUCAUAGCUCAUCAACCCUAUCCGAUGGUAGUUUCUCAAAAGGCCACAGGGCCUAUUUCCAAUACUUCACCACAAAUAAAGCCCCAAUCGAAUAG